GGCGGAAGUGGCGUCUCCAGGCAAUCUCCUUCCGCUCGGAGGCGCUGCGGGGCCCGCGGGGCUGGACUGCGACUGGGUCAGGAAGAGCUAGCACCGUGGCUGCCAUGGAGCAGCCCUGCCACUGAGGCCCCGAGUCCCCCCCACGGGGGCCCAGCAGGAUGAGCAAGCUGCCCGGGGAGCUGGCCCGAGACCUGGAGCGCAGCCUGCCGGCCGUGGCGUCCCUCAGCGGGUCGCUGACCCACAGCCAGAGCCUCCCGGCACACUUCCGCCCGCCAGCCCUGGAGAAGCGCCGGGCCGUCUCCGACGUCCGCCGCACCUUCUGCCUCUUCGUCACCUUCGACCUGCUGUUCAUCUCCCUGCUCUGGAUCAUCGAGCUGAACACCAACACGGGCAUCCGCAAGAACCUGGAGCAGGAAAUCGUCCACUACCGCUUCAACACCUCCUUCUUCGACAUCUUUGUCCUGGCCCUCUUCCGCUUCUCCGGGCUGCUGCUGGGCUAUGCCGUGCUGCGGUUGCGGCACUGGUGGGUGAUCGCGGUCACCACGCUGGUGUCCAGCGCAUUCCUCAUUGUCAAGGUCAUCCUCUCCGAGUUGCUCAGCAAAGGGGCCUUCGGCUACCUGCUGCCUAUCGUGUCCUUUGUCCUUGCGUGGCUGGAGACCUGGUUCCUUGACUUCAAAGUCCUACCCCAAGAGGCGGAGGAGGAGCGAUGGUACCUGGCAGCCCAGGCAGCUGUGGCCCGAGGACCGCCGCUGUUCUCCGGGGCGCGCUCCGAGGGCCAGUUCUACUCCCCCCCAGAAUCCUUUGCAGGGUCUGACGAUGAAUCAGACGAGGAAGUCACGGGGAAGAGAAGUUUCUCUGCGCAGGAGCGGGAGUACAUCCGCCAGGGCAAGGAGGCCAUGGCCGUGGUGGACCAGAUCUUGGCCCAGGAGGAGAACUGGAAGUUCGAGAAGAGUAACUGGCCCUCAGAUGUCCCCAGCUCCUUGAGUUCUCCCUGUGCCCCAGCCCUGCCAUUCCGGCUCCCUGUCCCACUGCAGGAGCACGGGGACACCGUGUAUACCAUUGAGGUCCCCUAUCACGGCAAGACCUUCAUCCUGAAGACCUUCUUGCCCUGCCCGGCGGAGCUGUUGUACCAGGAGGUCAUCUUGCAGCCCGAGCGGAUGGUGCUGUGGAACAAGACGGUGACAGCCUGCCAGAUCCUGCAGCGGGUGGAAGACAACACCCUGGUCUCCUACGAUGUGUCAGUGGGAGCUGCCGGCGGCGUGGUCUCCCCAAGGGACUUCGUGAACGUCCGGCGCAUUGAGCGGCGCAGAGACCGGUACCUGUCCUCUGGCAUCGCCACCACACACUGCGCCAAGCCUCCGACGCACAAAUAUGUCAGGGGGGAGAAUGGGCCUGGGGGCUUCAUCGUGCUCAAGUCGGCCAGUAACCCCUGCGUCUGCACCUUCGUCUGGAUCCUGAACACAGACCUCAAGGGCCGCCUGCCCCGGUACCUCAUCCACCAGAGCCUGGCGGCCACCAUGUUGGAAUUCACCUUCCACCUGCGGCGACGCAUCGAGGAGCUGGGGGCGCGGGUGUGACCGCCCUGCAGGCUGGGUUGCCACAGGCCCCGCCUGAGCACCUUGGGCACUCAGACUCGGGAGGAAGUGGGGUCUGACUGGAGCUACAGGGAAGGAGAGUGCUGUCCCCACCUUGCCAGAGGCAGGGCUGCAGGAGCAGUGGGGAUCCGGAUACCAAGGCCAGGCCAGGCCCAGGACAGCACAGGGCAGCUGGUCUUGAGGUUCCUCGGGCCUAGGCGGAGCCAUCCCUCCUGGCCUCCUGAGUUACAGGGUCUUGGACCUUUGACCGCGUGCACUUUGGGGGCACAGGGGAGGGGGCAGUGACUGCCGCCCCGGGGCCUCCUGGGGACCUUUGUAAUGUGAGUCAAUUAAAGACAGGAAUUCAAAAGAAAA